AUCAGGUUCAAACUAAACGCUGUGCAAAAUUUUUAAUAUUGCUUAUGACAAAUAUGACGCAAAAGUAUAAGGUAAUUCUUUGGAUACUGGUGAUCGGUGAUAUAUCAUUGGCUCAAACUAGCUCUAGUGAAAAUAUAAUGAAAGCAGACGAAUCGUGUAAAACUUGUGACGUGCUAGUCCAAAAAAUGGAGUACUUAGAAACUAAAUUCUUGGAACAACAGUUGGAGCUCAAAACUCUUAUCGAACAAAUCAUGCAGACUCAGGAUAACCUUGUGAAAAUAGCCAACGAGAAGAUGGAAAAGCGUGAAAUAGAUCCUACCGAGAUCAACUCCGCAGUUUUGCAGGAACAAAAGUGUCAUGACUAUCAACAGCACGUUAUGUUAACCGAUAGCACCAGUGCAGUUGAACAGUCAAACUAUAUUACAUCAUGCUCGGAAGAGUCCACGAAGGUAUCCGGAAAGUAUUCGUUACAUCUAUUCCCGAAUGAAAUGCCUAUCCAAGGAUAUUGCGAGCAAGAGACAGCCAAAGGUGGGUGGUUGGUCAUUCAGCGCCGAUUUGAUGGUUCAGUAGACUUCUAUCGCAAUUGGACUGAUUACAGAGAUGGCUUUGGCGAUGUUGAUGGUGAAUUUUGGUUCGGAUUGGAAAAGGUGCAUCGGCUUACGAAGAAUCGAAAUCAUGUUCUGAUGAUUGAACUGGAAGACCUUAAAGGCAAGUUCGUCUAUGCUCAGUACGAUGGAUUUGAAAUUGGCAGUGAAGAGGAAAAGUACUCGUUGAAAAAACUUGGAAAAUAUAGUGGAACGGCAGGCGAUUCUUUGUCGAAGCAUCACAAGGGAAUGAUGUUCUCAACGAAGGACAACGACAAUGAUCGAGAUAACCAGAAGAACUGCGCGAUGUAUGUCAUGGGAGCAUGGUGGUACCGAAGUUGUCUUGAUAGCAACCUAAAUGGACUGUAUGACGAUAAAGAUAAAAGAAAAACCAUCACCUGGUAUAGCUUCAAGAAGAGACUGGGAGGUUUCAAGUCUACAAGGAUGAUGAUUCGUGAAAAAUAAAUAUUCAAUGUUUCAAAAAAAAUAAAAGUCCCUACAUAUGGAUUCAUGCAAAAUCAUCUGUUUCAGUACAUGUAUUUAAAUAUGCAUGAAAGAUUAGUUAUAUCGUCUGCUUAAGUUUUUACGUGCAACAUUGUAUAUCUGUACAAAACAAAUCCAAAAGAAAUCCUAAAGAGCCAAAAUAAAAAAAAUAUCAAGCGACAAUGCAUUGCCCAAAUAUCACCCCGGUAACAAAAUCAACGCGCGAGAUUGAUUUCCCACCAAGUGGGCAGAAGAGCAAUUUCUCGUCACAUAAACCAAUCAGCCGGCCGAACCCACGCAAGGUACGUUCGCUUACCACCGGCCGGCCGGCCGCGCGCUCUGCCAAUCGAUCGACAGCCAAAGAUACAAACCUCGCUGCGCCGGUCGGUGGUGAUGUGCAAGCGUGAGGUAGCCGACGGUGCCGACCAAGCUAGGCGGCUAGUUCACUUUGUUGUGUUUAUUUGCGAAAAGUUAAACGGCGAAUAAUUGAAAUCAAUUUAACAGGAACGCACAAUUUCAGUGUAAACAACGCGCCAGCGAAACAGGAGACCGAUGCACGGUGGGA